GGGUCAAGUAUAGUUAUAUUGUUUCUAUGAAUCGAACAUGCCGCCCAGCGUCACGCUUCGUUGAAAAAAUUUCCUCGAAUUUUUAUCGAAGCGAUUUCAUUAUCAAGGAACAAACAAGACGUAAUAUUUUGUUUAAAAUGACGGCUGAUGUAAAAUCAAACGGAGAUGCCCAAAGCACCCGUCCUGCCCCAACAAUGUGGGCCCAACGUCCACAGGUAGUUUACCUCACCUUCAAAGUAGAUGGGUGCAAGAAUCCCAAAGUUACUUUCAACAAUAAUAAGGUGGAGUUCAGUGGAGAAGACAGCACAAAGAAGAUUGUUUAUCAAAAUAAUUUGGAAUUCUUUGAAGAAAUUGAUCCAGAGCAAAGUGUUUGGUCAACUAAAGGGAUGGGAGUUGAAUGCACGAUCGCUAAGAAGUUGAACGAAACAUGGCCAAGACUUACCAAGGAAAAGACGAAGAUUCAUUGGUUGAAAGUUGACUUUGGUAAGUGGAAAGACGAAGAUGACACCGAUGAUGAGGAAGUUGGAGGAGGAGGGGGCGGGGGGGAACCCGACCUUUCACAGAUGAUGGCGCAGAUGGGAGGGGGAAUCCCCGGCAUGGGGGGAGGAAUGCCGGAUAUGGCGGACUUACCGGAGGUCGACAGCGAUGAUGAAGAUAUCCCUGAACUUGAAGAAACAGAAGAGGCUUAACUUAAAAGUUCGUCGAGAUUUCGUGUAAUUUUGUAGAAACCAAUUAACGUGGCGAGUUUUACAACGCUCACAUUUUAAGCUCGCCGCAGCAAUUUGAUUGUCCGUUGAAAAUUAUGUGUGCCACGCGUAUGCAAUAAAAUCAAGUUGUUGUUUUGUUUUAUAAAA